AUGGCAAGUUUAGCUGAGCAGUUGUCUGCCAAGCGUAGUGUAUUACGUCACACCCAUACACAAGUUACCACCCCAGAUGGUCAAUCAAGAAUUGAAGAAUUCAAGGCUGAUGGAUCCCAAGUUGUAACUCCUCUUUCAAAAGUCAGCCCUGGCUUUGUUGUAGACACAAAACCAGACCUCAGGUAUACCCGCAUUCUAAACGGUGUUAUCCUUGGAUCUCAGGAUGUUGCCCAUGAUCUAGACAUCUUAACUAGCAAUAAAAUAACUCAUAUCCUUAAUGUGGCUACUGGAAUACACAACUUGUUCGAAGGAUGGUUCACAUAUAAAACUAAAGAGGCACUGGACACCCCUUCUUGCCGUAUUAUUGACAUCCUAGAUGAGUGUUGUGAUUUUAUUCAUAAUGUUGUAGUAGGUGGUGGCUGUGUCCUAGUUCACUGCAAUGCUGGAGUAUCCCGUUCAGCUUCUGUUGUCAUUGCUUACCUUAUGAGAUAUUACGGUAUGAAUUAUGAAGAGGCUUUUAAAUUUGUCAAGACCAAAAGGUCAUUCAUUAGACCUAACACAGGUUUUGUUGAACAACUAAAAGAGUACGAGAAGAAAUUGGGUGUCUAAAAAGCAAAAUAUUAAUUAACUGCUUCCUCAUUUUAUUACUGUCAGGUUCUGUACAUCACACUGUAGUUAUGUAUUUAUAAUAUACGUAGUGAAAUGCAUCUAGAAGAAUCAAGUAUACUUUUGCAUCAAUGCCAAAGACAUUAGAAGAUACCCUACAAGUUAAUUCACUUCUGUCUGUUAGGUUUGGAUGUCAGAUGGGAAAUCAUCAAAAAAUUCUGAACAGAGCCAUAUGAAACUACAGUGCACAAAAUGCUGUACAUAACAGUAAAAUAAUCCAAAUAUUUAAAAUGCUCAAGUAAUUAUAACAGGUAGAUUUAGCUGCUGUAUUAACUUCAGUUUUUUCUUUUCUUUAUUAUAUCAUGUACAAAACUUUUACCUUGCAUUUGAAACCAUUAAAAUAUUAUUAGAUGCCUUCUGAAGAUAUUGCUAAGAGCAAUACUUAUCCAACUGAAGUUUUGUUUUGAACUGUUGCCUUUUGUAUCUCAGAUUGAUCUUCAGGAAGUUGUGCAGAAGCCUUAUUAAUUAAGGAAUAAUCUAAUUGGAAGUUAACAGAUUUAUUGAAUGACUCAGCAUUUGAGGUUACUAAGAGGAGGAAGAAAUACCUUAUAUUUCCGCUUAUAAGACGACCUUUAAAUCCUAAAAGCCAUCCCUAAAAAUUGGGGGUCAUCUUAUACUACCAUUCUAAGUGAUGUUUAUCAGUAGGCUAGCCUUGGCCUUGUUGCAAUAACUACCGACAUACAUGAAAAGAUUCACAAGAUGAAAUAAACUGAUAACAAAGAUGAUAAAACCAUAUUUGCAUUUUACAUCAUUGACAUAUCUUAGUAGCCCAUACAAGGAAUAAUUCCAUAUUAAUGAAAUCAACUAUGAUCUAUGCGAGGCCAGCUGACAAAAUGUAAACAUCGAAUUAUGGUUGACCUCACAGCAAUCUUUAUCUUUCAGUAACCUUUCAGAAAUUUUAAUGUUAGUGUAAUUAGGAUAACACAAUACUCAUUUUUCAAAAACUUAUCGUUUUGGUUGUAAAUAACUGUUUAGAACAAUUCAGUCAUACAAAUGAUAAUGAUCUUGUUUGUGAUUGGUGAUGAAAUGUAAACAUCAUAAAAUUAUUUUUACCUUAUAUAUUAUUGGCACAUCAUUAAAAUAAAUAUCCUGUUAAAGGAAUAAUUCCAUAUCAAUGAAAUCAGCUUUUAUCUAUGUGAGGCCAGCUUACAAUAUGUAAACAGGGCGUUAUUGUUGUACUCACGGCAACCUUCUUUCAGUAACCAUUUCAGAAAUGUUAAUGGUAGUGUACUUACGGUAGUAAUAACAUUUAGGAUAACAUGUUAUUUAUAUUUCAUAUGAAUUUAUCAUUAUAAUUAUCACACAUUAUUGUUUGUUAUUGGCGAUGAGACGUAAACAAAACAAUGUUUCUCUUUUAUCCAACUUAUGUAGGAAAAAUAAUGAUAUAGAACUGGAAUUAUUUCAUUUAUUUUGAAUUUUCAAGGAUCCAGUAAGUAAAACAACAUUUGUAAUAACAUCAUCUUUAUAUAAUGAAUAUUCCAUAAGAUACCUCAUUACAAAAGCUAGCCUACACACAUACCGUUUUGUAAUUUAGCAGUUGUCUUAUACUAAUAGAUAUGUCUAUGAAAGUUUGCCAUAAUGAUUUACCUAAUGUAAAGGUCGUCUUUACACGGAAAUAUACUGUAUGGUUGUUUCAUACUCAAAAAUAAAAAUGUUCAGAAAAAUUGCAAUUGUUCAAAUGAGGUUCAGAGGAUCCUUCUAGUCAGUGCCUACUAAAGAUGCAUUAUGGAAAUUCUCAGUGCCUCUUAUUUGGUUGCCUGUAAUUCCAUAAGUUUUUUAAAAGGUAAAAAAAAGAAAACUAGCUAGGGAAUGAUUUAAUAACCAUAGUAUUCCCUGAUAUGCAUGGUAACAAUAGUUACACAUUGAUGGUCACCUGUUGAAGCUGUAUUUAGUCAGUGCUGUUCUGUUUAUAAUUAGCCAUUAAUCUGAGCAGGUGGAUGGAAAUUAAGUGCAAGCUCAUUUCAGGACUUCCAAAUGUCAAAAAUACAAAGCUUUAUUUACAACUUUGUGAAGUUUAUUAGUAAAAGUAAAGGGAUUAGAGGUAAAAUAGUCAGAAUAAGGGAAGCAAUGCAGUAAAGCUUGUUUUAGUUUGAGAUUUUCUUGUAGAUAUCUUGUAUUUGAAUUUGGUAACAGAAAAGUAGAGGUUAUUGUUUUGUCAAUUUGUUAGGAUAUGUCUGGUCAAUCUUAGUGUGAACUAUUGGAUGAUGGUCUAACCCUUACUUAAGUUCUAAGGAAAUUUUACUAUUAGAUAAUGGUCUAAUCUUUACUCAAGUCUUAGGGAAUUUGAGUUUGUUCACAGAACAAACCUUUGGUGUUAAUGUAAGAGGAUUUUCUCGUGCCCAGUUAAAGUCUGGUUAUUAAUAGCACAAGGUUUGGUGGCAACGGGAAAUAGCCAAUUGGGAAAGUAGUGGGUAGGUCCUGACCAGGUUUCCUCCUAGCAGAUACUGUGAUGCUAGUUCUCUCUUAACUGCCUUCCAAGCAAGACUAUUGCUGUCUAUCUCACUCGGAAGCUGGUAAUUUAUAGCUCUUCCUUCCCACUUUAUGCCUUGGCAUUCUGGUUUUUCAUUCUCUUUUUAGUUUUUGUUUUGUGAUUCAGUUAUAUUGUGCUAUCUGUGUAUUUUUUUUGCAUUCCCAGAAAAUGCAAACCCAUGAAUCAUCUAAGUAACCAGGCCUCAGAGAAGAUGCCUGGGCAUUGGUGAUAACCAUGCUCUUGUUAUUUAGCUCCUUGGAUACUGACCCACAUACCACUUGUGUCAGAUGCAGAUUUAAUGAUUGUAAUGUAAGUCUAAUCCCUGUUCCAAGUUUUGUAAUUGGUCUCCAGGGCAAUGGAAGAAUUUUGGCAUGAAGAGAUGUAAGAGGAAAUCAGUUGCUCUCUCUUGGGAAGGUUUUGCAAUUCCAAUGGCGGCAGUCACUUCCACCUCCUUUCCUUCUUGUUCUACCUUUUCCAUGCUAAAACCUCCUCUUGUUGCAUCUUCUCAGGAAGAUUUUACUUCUUCUCAUUCCUCUAUUGCUUCAUCUUUUAAAUUAUUCAAGGAGGGGUUCAGGAGAUCUUGUAACUGACAUAACUGCUCUUGUUCUUUCGGGGAUGAAAGUUUCCCCCGUGAGGGAGGAUCCAGCUCCCCCAUAUAUAGGCUUUUCAGGGAUGGAUGCACAGAAGCUCUUGGUGCUAGGUGUCGUUACGCCUUCCAGGGGUAACCUUUGGGCCUACUGACCCACUUCAUGUCUUUCCACAUCCCAGUGUCUUUCGCCAUGACGGUUUCCAAAGCUAUGGUUUCUGUGACUUCUUCCCGCAUUUCCACGGAUGCUCUUCCAUCGGCCUCCAUUCUUGGGCCUUCUACAUCUGCUGCUUCCGAGUCUCUUGUUGUAGCUCUGUUGGAUAGAGUCGAAGGUGCUCUUUAAAAGAAGUAUGGUUGGACGGACUUGAUGAAAUCAAAGAAGAGACGUCAUAGAUCUCCCUCUGUCGUCAUCUUUCUCUUCCUCGUUGUCGUUUGUUCCAUCCCUAUCAGACGUUAGAAGAAGAAACACUUCGUAGUACCUCCACACAAGAAUAUUCGCAGUCCCUCUCCGUAUUCACGCUCACAUCUCCUGCAGCCAAUCAUCAUUCUGCUAGAUAAGUCUUUGUCAAACCUAUUUCUCCUGCACACAGACAUGUACCUAUGAUGUCAUAUGUCCGUUAUCUUCUGCUUUAGCUGACGAAUUUCACCCAGUUACCGACUUCUGUGCGGCAGCACACACGUCGAAAGAUUUCUGCUGUAAGAAUCACAAAUCUGGGGACUGGAAUUCUCCACAAGAAGUCACAGUUAUCUCAUCUUUUUCUGCUCGUCCUGCUCAAGGAACAAGUGUUUUUGCAGCAAUGGUUAUGAAGGAUGACAGCGGCUCUCAUUAAGAAGUAAAUGUUGAAGGAAUGUUAUCGGGAUCGGGACCAUCCUCCUCUUACAUUUCAUAGCCCAUGUUCUCACUCAUGAGCCCGUGACCAUUCUCUAUGUAAUGAGAGUCCUACACAGUUGCACAGCCAACCAUGGUUGUCAUAUCCAUAUCAUUAUACUAGCUUCCAUUCUCACGGAUGGGACCACCAUCCAUGUUCGCACUCACAUGGCCGUGACCAUUCUCCACGUAACAGGAGCCUUACACAGCCGUGUAACCAACCACAGCCUUCAUCUCCUUAACGUAGUACGCGCUCUCGUUCUCACAGAUGGGAUCUAGAUUGACUUACACUGUGAGCAAGCUUAUGCCCCAGUAAUUAACAAUGAUCUUUUUGUUCCCUCUGAUUUGGUUGACAAGGACGGAUUGAGAACCCCUUGGACCAGAAGUCUCCUCUUAGAGGCAGACAUUCAAGAACUUACGACAACUUACACAGAAGUCAAACUCACUUGUGGGUACAACAACUUAGCUGAAGAGACCGUGGCUUCCACUUCCGACUUUUCUUCAGGUCUAGAAGCCCUGGUUGGGCCCAAGAAAGAAACUAAGGCUUGUUUGGGGUUCCUAUGCUCUAAUCAUGCUGACUACAUUCACAAUCAAAUGAAUUCUCUUGUCUCUGGAUGGGACAAUUCACUUACCGCUACUACUGCGUUUCAGGCGGUUUCAUAGCUUGACCUAUGGUCGACAACAGUGGGAGAGGUCUCUUCUGCCUCCAUGGUUAGUGGUUAGUGACAGUGACGAGGGUGCCACCUUCCUUAGACUGUUGCAGUCUGGUGGCAAGACUAUUUCGUACUUGGCUCACUUAACGGCAAAUAUGUUUGCCAAUUGGUUACUGAAGAGGAGAGAUUCUGCCCUUUCUAAGGUCUCCAGAUUUGUUGGCACGGUUUCCAUUUUAGCACUGAGAAAUGGAGAUAUUCUAAGCUCUCUUUCCUAAAGACCAGGUUGUGGCAAUUGCCCAUAGGCCCUUGGACACUUUUUCCUUGGGUCCGGUGGUGGCUGCUCAAUAAAUUGCAUAGGUCAUCCUGUGCCCGUAUUGGGACAGUUUAUAUCUUACCAAAGACGUUGGCUAUGAAAGUGAGAGUGAAUGGGAUGACUGGUCUUCUUCCUUUCUCUUUCUUUUCCUUGUCUUUUGUAUCUAACUAACCAGUUUUGCUGGAACUGGUUAGAUACAGGUGAGUGACCACCCAUUCUAUUUGCCGUAUUUGAUUGUUCCUACACAAUACAAAUUCCUUAGCAGAAGCAAGUCCUUUGUUGUCUCCGACAAUUACAUGUUCUAUUCCUCCUUCCAAAAGACAUGUAGACAGGAGUUCCCAUUGUCUCUCAGCCUGGAUGUCUGGCUGUUGAGUAACCUUUCGCUUAACAGAUCAGAGGCAUACGACUCCUUCCUCUGCUCUGACAAUUGGCCAGGAAAUGAACCCAGGUAAGCCGAACCACCAGUCGGUUCUAAUGCUUAUCCUCCCACCAAAAGUGUCUCCCCUUAUGUAAAGACCAAAGGUUUGUUCUGUAUAUGAAUAAAUGACAAAUUUUGAAUAAAUUUGAGCUUUUCAAAACUAACAAACCUGAGAUCUCAACAUAAUGGCCCACCUCAAGCCACCCCUCAUACAGUUACCUAGGCUGGAAGAAAACAAGCAUCACAGCAUCUGCUAGAGAGAAACCAGGGCGAGCUCCGCCCACCUCUUUCCCCAUUGGCUAGCUUCCAUUAUAACCAAAACUUUGUGCUAUUUAUAACCAAACUCUAGCUAUGAGAAAAUCCCCUUAUGUUAAGCCCUUAGGUUUGUUAGUUAUGAAAAAUUCUAAUUGAUUAAAAAUUUGUCGUGUGUUGGUUUUGGGUGUGAAUACAGUAGCAAAAAUUCUGAAAUUAACAUAAGGAAUUUAUUUUUCUUUACAAGUAGAUUACCAACCUUGGUAAUGUCUUGUGACUAAAGAGCCUUUUCAAAUGCAUGCCAUCCAAAUCCGUACUUGCUAUGCAAGAGCCUUAUUCCAUAAUCCUAAUGGUUUCAGUAGUACUUAAGAAUUUUGUAGCCUUCUUGAUUGUGUAAAUAGGCAUAAUUUCAAUGUGUAUAACUUUUUUACUUGUAUUUCUAGAAGUCCUGAGCCACCAAGUUUAUUUUUCAAUUAUCCUGAUAUCUUAUUCCAUAUCUGUGACAAUAAAGAGUACAUUGGGGUUUCAGAACUUGAAAAUAAUAAAAAAAUGUCUUAA